GAGCCACGAAGGGAGCUCCCACACUUUUAUUUCAUUAUUCCUUCUUUCUUCUUUCACCCCCUCUGCUGUUCCUUCUCUCUCGUAUUCCCAGAACCACCUGUGUCACCUUGCUAGUUCCCACCGAGGUAGAUAAGUCUUUGACGCGUAUGUUUUUUGCUGUUUCGAAAUUAUGUUUUGACAGUCUGAAAGGACACAGUUCCCCGGAAUGAGGAAACAGUGAGACACCGCCGGGAAGGGAGGGAGAUUAGGGAGGACGAUGGAGAGAGAGAGAGACUGAAAGUAGAACUCGGGGAAGAGGAGAGGUCUUAAUGGGCGAGAAAGCCAGCCUUGGGCAGAGGUGGCCUCCGGCGCCCCAGCCUGGACCCCGCGCUCGGCCACCUCGUCGCCGAACUACGUUUCCCAUAUCCCGGCGGGCCCGGGGGACCGCGCAGCGCCGGAGCGCCGUCGGGCGGGCCCCAAGCGGCCCCCUCCAAUCCCGGCCGUCGCCUGGCAACCUCCGCUUCCGCCGACAAGAUGGAGGCUGGGAUCGGCGGCCACCGGGAAGCGGGACCUCUCUGAUUCCGUUUAGGGCCUUCCCAGACGAGCUCUGCUUCUCAUGAGCGUUACCACAGUCACGGCUGCAGUGUCCCUUUGCUGUGUAAGGCAGAGGCGGGCAUGACAGGAGAGGCCAAGAGGCUGCCAGUGUGGGCACAGCGGUAGCUCCUGGGGCCGGGCAGUGGGGAGAGAGCUUCUUGAGGGGCAUGGCUCGGCGCGUCGGCAUGAAGACAACCCCCCACCGGGAGGCGUUGGGGAAGGCGCCCCUCGGGCUUGGCCUUCGCCCCGGUGCCAAGCGGGACCGGAAGUCUAUCACCCUGCACGUGAAGCUGGAGGUGCUUCGGAGGUUUGAGGAGGGCGAGAAGCUGACCCAGAUUGCCCGCGCCCUGGGGCUGGCGACCUCCACUGUCGCCUCGAUCCGUGUCAACAAGGACAAGAUCCGGGCCAGUUCCCAGGCAGCCACGCCGGUGAGCGCCACGCAGCUGACCCGCUGCCGGGGUGUGUUGAUGGGCCACAUGGAACGCCUGCUGAGCCUGUGGAUAGAGGAGCAGAGGCGGCAGAACCUGCCGGUCAGCACGCUGCGCAUCCAGGACAAGGCGCACCGGCUCUUUGCGCAGCUGCAGCACGAGCAGGGCGGCGGCACCCGGGCUGCGAGCUUCGGGGCCAGCAACGGCUGGUUUGCCCGGUUCAAGGCGCGCCACAACGUGCUGUUGACGGCGGAGCCCGCGGUGGCGGACGCUCCGGCAGCCGCCCGCUACACCCCCGUGCUGCGCGCCCUCCUGGAGGCGGGCCGCUACUCCGCACGCCAGGUCUUCAACGUGGAUGAGACGGGCCUGUUCUGGAAGCGGCUGCCGGAGCGCAUGCUCCUGGCGCUGGAGGGCACAGCGGGGCCUGGGCCCAAGGCCUCCAAGGACCACCUGACGCUGCUGCUCGGAGGCAAUGCCGCUGGGGACUUUAAGCUGAAACCUCUGCUGGUCUACCCCUCGGAGAACCCACGCGCCCUCAGGGGCUGCUGCGAGGCCAGCCUGCCUGUGGUCUGGCGCUCCAACCGCAAUGACUGGGUGACACCCAGCAUCUUCCAGGAGUGGUUUACAGGCUGCUUCUGCCCAGCCGUGGAGAGCUACUGCACCAGCCAUGGCCUCCCGCACCGCGCCCUGCUGCUGCUGGACAGGGCGCCCUGCCACCCCGCCCACUUGGCAGGCCUCUCAGCCCAUGUGCGUGUGGAGUUCCUGCCGAAGAACACAUCCGCCCUGAUCCAGCCCAUGAACCAGGGCAUCAUCGCCACCUUCAAGGCCCAUUAUCUGCGCCGCACGCUCGGGCAGCUGGUCCAGGAGACGGCUGGUGCAGACCCGCCCUCUGUGAGGGCGUUCUGGCGCCGCUACACAGUCGUGACUGCCGUGGACAACAUCGCCGAGGCCUGGGCAGACCUGCAGCCUGCCACCAUGAACAGCGCCUGGCGGAAGCUCUGGCCCGAGUGCGUGCCUGCUGGUGCUCCCGAGCCCGGCACCGCACCCAAGCUCUACCGCAGCAUUGUGGUGCUAGCCAGUCAUGCAGGCCUUGGGGACGUGGCCAAGGCCGAUGUCCAUCUGCUGCAGGCCCAGGGGGAGACCUCGGCCCAGAGUUCCCCCCAGGAUGUGGAGGAUGGGGACGUCCGUGGCUCGGGACUGUCCUGGGAAGCAGGGAAAGGCCUGGCCUCCAGGAGACCAGAGUCAGGUCUCUCGGAGGCCAAGGUGGGUAUGGAGACCAGAGGAGCCGCUGUGGGUGCACUGAACCCUGAGCACCUGGCCCAGGUCCUGUCCCACUUUGCUGCGGGACUGAGGGUCCUCAUGGAGAACGACCCCAACCGCGAACACAGCCUGCAGGUGUCCCGGUGUGUCCACUGUGUCCUCGCCCGCCUCCGGGAGCUGCACUGGGAGAGGAGGCGACAGGCUCGGGCAGCUGCAUCCUCAAGGGUCCCCACAAUGGUGGCAACAAGGGAGUUGGCAAGGAGCAUGCUCUCGCCUCAGAUGGGUCCCACAGAGGGUGGGCAAGUGGCUCAGGGCACAGACCCUGAAGGACAGACCUCUUUGGCUGUUCCAUGUGAUUUGGGGCUUGGGCCCAACCUCUCAUGAGCUUUGUCGGAUGCCGUUUUGUUUCUGGAGGGUGGACACUGCCACUUCUCCCUGACGGCUCUCAUAUGUCUUGCACUGCCACCUUUGAUCCAGUGACACAUAGAGCACCGAGCUUGGGGAACAAAAAGGUGGUGAUCUCUGAUUGGCAGAUAAGCUGUGGGCCCCAAAACUGCCCAUCAUGUCAGAGAUGCACCCUGUAGCACCGUAGCUGCCAAACACAUCCCACCAGGUGGUGAGGGGCCAGAUUGAGGCACGUCUCUCCUAUUUGCCAACCUGACGUCUCCCUGGGCCACUGGGACCCUUCCUAGCCAACUCUGGAUGAGGGUUCCCUACUCUCCUUCCUCCCUUUCUGUGUCAUCCUCUGCCCUUCUGGCUUCCGUGGCCUCUGCCGUCCCAGGUCUCCGGUACCCUCCCCGGGCAUGUGUGGGUUUUGAUACCAGGGCCCAUCCCUUGCUUUGGAGAUGUUUCCUUCACUGGGUUCCUGGGCCAUGGUUGUCUUGGCUUCCCUCCAGCCUCUGAGGCUGAGGCUUUUGUCACUUUGAUGCCCUCCCAGGUCUAGUGCUCUUCGGAAAAUCUCAGCAACUCUUGAGGGCUCAGUGGCCACCUCAGGGUCACUUCCCAGCACACUGGCUGCAGCCCAGCCUUCGCCUGGGUAACCUAUAGCUCUGAUUCUGAUGGACUGACCUGGACCGUCUUAGCAUCUUCCCUCGUUCCAGCUUGUUCUGUUUCCCCAGACUGUAGCAAGCACCCUGAGGUGUGCGCUGGAGUCUGCAGACGCACCAUAUGGGCCACCAAACCACAGGGAGUCAGCAAGGGAAGGUGGUGGUGGUGGUUUUUUUGGCUGCACCAGUGGCAAGCAAAAGUUCUUGGGCCAGGGACUGAACCAGGGAACUCCUAGGAUGUUCCUGUGUCCCAGCUAGACCCCCCUCCUGCCUGGUAUGCCAGGAAUAAAGUUGGGAGGAAGGAUUUCUGCCAUCUGUUCCACCUAACACUUGUAGUGAUGUGCCUGCUGUCAACACAUAAUGGGUUGGAGGCUGGAGAGGGGCUGGAGGGUCCAGCCUUACAGGGAGACAGGUCAGAUGAGGCCCCUUGCUAGCUUUCCUGGUAGGACUGGCACAGGGGAUGGCAAGGGGAAGGGAAGAAGCUUUUCUUAGGAGCCUGGUGACUGAAUGGAUUAAUAAAUUGCACAAAUUAUGAGAA